AACAAAAAGUCUAAAACCCUAACCAAAACCCCCUCAUUUCACCCCAUCCUCCUUCACACGCUGAAAUGGCUUGGCGCAGUGGAGGAUCACUCUCGCGUUCGCUCAUGUCCGCCGCCAGGGCGCCGCUUCCUCGCUCUUCUGCACCUCUCCCCCGCCUCCGUCCCCCGCCUUCCUCCGCUCCCCGUUUACAAUCUCGCCGCUUAUCCUUUGCUCCUUCCAGGAACUUGGGAGAACUGGGAUGCAUGCAGUCGUUCUUGCCUUUGGUGUCCGCGGGGAACUUGACAUCGCGUCUCAAUGCUAAUUUGCGGGCUUUUUGUGAGCUGUCUCAUGGGAGGAAUGGAAAAGAUGGGUGAUGCACGUGGACUUACAGUCGGCUAAAGGCGCGGAACUGAUGCCACAAUAGUACUUGAAGAGCCUUUGGAUUAGCACUACCAAAUGCAACGUUAUCUGAAGGAAGUCAGUGUUGGAUGCUAGGAAUUUUGUCGUUUUGGCAUGGAUAAUUAAUAAUGAUGUCAUGUUCUAUGCUACAUCUGAGAUCAAUGUUAGUUUUUAUAUACUCUUCGGACAAUCUAUUAGAUGGUUUUGCAGGCACCUGUAUUCACUUGUCGGUUUGUGUGCUCUGUUUCUUUGAUUUGUACCUUGUCUCUGGAAAGGUCCUGCUGUUGAUACAUGAUUAUCAAACUUUUUUUAGUUUUUGGAA